GCCACCAGUUGCAGUCGCGACCGCGAAAGCGGGCCGACAAGAAUUUUGUUCAACUCGUCUUCACUUUUAUGAAUUACAACACAAAAAAGAAAUUUCCAGUGCUUCCUUAAAUGAAUUUCUUUACGAAAUGUGCGAAUUCUAAACAAAUAAUGAAAAUAAUUAAAAUUAAUUUUUAUACAUUUGAAAAAAUGUCAUGUAUGUUUAAUGCAAAAAAUAAGUGAAUUUUUCUUUUAUUUUCAAAAUGAAUGACGACCAAACAUUUUAUGAAAUUAGUUUCAAAUAAUAAAUAUAAAAUUUUGAGUGAAUUUUAGUGAUACUGAAGAAAAGGGAAAAAAAGAAAAAAGUCGAUAAAGAAAAUAACUAUGGAGAACGGCGUUUUUGAAGACGAAGAAGGCAACGGAGAAGGUGGAGAUGAAGGUGGAAAUGCGAAGGAAUUACAGGAACUUAGAAAUAGAUAUGAGGGAAAACUUUCAGCAUCUUUUUUCACUGGAAUUUUCACCGUGUCAGUGGUUGCCACUCUCUCAGCACUCAUUGCCUUGUUCAUUUUUCACUCAGAUGAAACGCAUGUGUUGCAAAUAACAACACUGUCCACGAUGUUACUGUCAUCUGUGAUUCUUUUAAUAAUAACACAAUUUCCAUCAACACUGAGCAGUACUCGCACGAGACUCAUCUUAGGAUCAAUAUCAUCCACUAUCCUCGGAUUUGGAGUUUUAAUAAUGGGAGGAGCGAUACCAGCUUUUUGCAGUACUAUCGCUAUUGUCGCUGCAUUUCCAAGGAUCAAGAAACACCGACCAUCGAUUAUAGGCUAUGUUCCAGUCAUUCUCUAUAUAGCGAAAAGUUUCUUUAUUCUCGAUUCCUCUAAUUAUUAUCAGAUAGCAGGCGACUCAUUUCUUUUAUUGGCAGCUUUGGUAGCCGGAUUUUAUUAUAGGAUUCUCACGGCACGGGCACAACAUCGAACAUUUUCUGGAACGAAAACUGUAAUCGAUUCGCGAAUAAAACUCGAAUGCGAGAGAGAGCAACAGGAGCAAUUAUUACUCUCAGUGAUACCAGCUUACAUUGCCGCUGAGGUGAAACGAAGCAUAAUGUUGAAGAUGGCCGAUGCCUGUCACGAGGCUAGCAAGCACAAACAAACCAGAUUUCAUGAGAUGUAUGUCCAACGUCACAACAAUGUCAGCAUUCUUUAUGCAGACAUCGUAAAUUUUACACCAUUAUCGGAACAACUCACCGCUUCGGAUCUUGUGAAAACUCUCAAUGAGCUUUUUGGAAGAUUCGAUCAAAUUGCUCAGGACAAUCAAUGCAUGAGAAUAAAAAUACUUGGAGAUUGUUAUUACUGCGUAUCAGGACUUCCGAUUUCGAGGCCUAAUCAUGCUUAUAAUUGUGUUAAAAUGGGAUUGGAAAUGAUUGAAGCAAUAAGAUUCGUGAGAGAAGCCACUGGGUUUAAUGUUGACAUGAGAAUUGGAAUUCAUACCGGAAAUGUACUUUGUGGAGUUUUGGGACUUCGAAAAUGGCAAUUUGACGUCUGGAGUGAUGAUGUCACUUUGGCUAAUCAUAUGGAAAGCGGUGGAUUACCGGGUCGGGUUCACGUGACGAAAGCAACUCUACUUCAGCUUGGAGAUCGUUUUCAAGUCGAAUCAGGGGAAGGAGGAUCUCGAGAAAAAUAUUUAGCCGAUCAUAAAGUGGAAACUUAUCUAAUUAUACCACCGAAGAAAAUAAAAGAAGAAAAAGAAGUAAAAAAUGGUGACAGAGGACCUGGACCGGUACCCUCAAGAUCUAGGCCAAGUAGUAAAAUGACAAAGUUGGGAGAAUAUUGGGGGGCUGACAAACCAUUUGCAAAUAUUACAGAAAAUACUUUGGCAAAAAACAUAGGCCUCACAAGUAUAGCAAUGAUUGAAUCGAAUCUUCUUCCAAAUCAUGCAAACUGUCUCAAUGUUAAACAAUGGUGCGAAGGUAAGGAAGGAAUGUCGACUUUGACAUAUUGGUUUAAUGAAACAAACCAAGAAGAUCACUACAGAGAACAAAAAGAUGAACAAUAUCCUUGGUAUGUGACAAUUAGUAACGUCUUAUACUGUGCAAUGUUUUUCGUCCAAGUCAUUUAUCUUCCAAAAUGUCCAACAAUUUAUAGCUGCUUUGGCAUUGGAUUUAUAACACUGACCAUUUUCACUUGUAUCUUUUGGUAUAUUGAGAGAACUGGUGAAGAAGAAUCGGGGACAAAAAUUGUAAAUAGAGGAAUUAGGAUAUCAAUUUAUUUAAUUACAGCUUCAUUGGCUGUGACUUCUUCGAUAAUAAGUCUUAGCGACGAGCAAAGUAAUGACUAUCAGAUUGUACCUGUUUAUGUAAAAUCGGGAGCAAUUGCCCUUCUGGUUGGUUGGGCACAUUUAAGAGUUGGACACCUAUUAAAAUUAAGUGUAAUGAUACUCUCAAUUUUUGUCCUAUUAAUCUCAUUCUCCCAGGCGGAAAUUUUUGCCAAAUAUUACGAAAGUGUCGAAAACAGUCGAUACGAAUUUGCAGGAGUGCACUACUUAAUUCAAAUAGGAUUUCUUCUGACUCUAGUGGCUCUAAUACUUCAUGUACUAGACAGAAGAGUGGAAUUCACCUCAAGAACAGACUUUUUGUGGAAAAACAAAUUAAAAGUAGAACAAGAUGAAGUUGAAACAAUGAGAGGGAUUAACAAGAUUCUCUUGGAAAACAUUUUACCAGCUCAUGUCGCUGAUCAUUUUCUAGCAACAAGAACAGCUCAGGAACUUUAUCACGAAAGAUAUAGCAGUAUAGCUGUAAUGUUUGCUUCUAUUCCAAACUAUAAGGAAUUUUACGACGAAACGGACAUCAAUAAACAAGGACUCGAGUGUUUAAGAUUAUUGAACGAAAUAAUUUGCGAUUUCGAUAAACUCUUAUUGAAGCCUAAAUUUUCUGGUAUUGAAAAAAUAAAAACCAUCGGGAGUACUUAUAUGCUCGCGUCAGGAUUAAGCCCCGGGAAAGAAAGUGGAGAAGGAAAGGAAGAUCACAACGUGAUAGUGCUCGUCGAGUUUGCAAUUGCUCUCAUGACAAUUUUGGAUCAAAUAAACAGAGAAUCCUUCCAAAGAUUUAAAUUAAGAAUAGGUUUAAACCACGGACCUGUAAUUGCUGGAGUUGUGGGAGCACAAAAACCACAAUACGAUAUUUGGAGCAACACGGUUAAUGUUGCUUCGCGAAUGGACAGCUGUGGAGAAAUGGGAAGAAUUCAAGUGACUGAGGAUACAGCAAAAAUUUUAAGAAACGCUGGCUAUGAAUUAAUUUGUCGUGGACCGACAUUUGUCAAGGGGAAGGGAGAAUUAACAACUUACUUCGUUAAAACUUGUUUUGACGACAAAGAAGAUAGUUAUUAAUAUAUUUUUAAAUUAUUAAGUUACAAAAAUUUUAAACGUUCAAGUGAAAGAAAUAUUUAUUCCUUAUCAGGAAUGUUGCCAAGAAUUUUAUUACAAUUUGUUAAAAAUAACUGAAUU